AUGGACGGACCAGUAACGACGCAACGAACUCGCUCGCCGCCAAUCCGGCCGGCGCGACCCGAAGUAGGAGCCGACAAUGUCUCGUAUGGGCGGCCUUCGGCAGAGUACUUCGCGUCGGUGACGGCGACGGCGACGGCGACGGCGACGGCGACAGCACAACAACCUCAGGCAGACGGAAGACGCAGCACCGACACGGCCCCCAAGCCCCGCAAACGCAAAUCAGCGCGGUACUCUGUUGGCAAUGGCGUAGGAGCAGAAGGUGCAGAGAGAAAGGGUUCAAUACGCAACGCGGUGCGCCGCUUGUUUGGGAGAAAGUCCAAGGGCGACAUUCCCGAAGUGCCCGCCUUACCACGGACAGAGGCUUCGCGACAUGGCUAUCACAAAAGCCGACCACAAACCAUCCACGCGCACCCAUCGGAUGCCAUUCACCAACGCAUCAUCUCGGCACCUUUGUCCGCUCCGCUUGCGGGCCCGCAUUCCGCUCCUUUCCAGUUGCAACAACCACCCUUUCCCAAUCACAGGAACAACUCGGCGCGCGCAUCGCCUGUCCAUGCCGUUGAAUUUCCCAAAAGCGCUCGCCUGAAGCCCCUGGACCUGGGCAAUCCAUUCUAUACCCGCGAACAUGGUCCGAAGCGGAGAGCCACCCUGCCUAGUCUGAUCAUGACGGCCAAUGAGGCGGUCGACAUCUCGAACACACUACGACCGGGCCAGGGCACAAGAGCUGCCGAAACAAGCUUGAACCCUACUGGAUUAACUGUCACCUCGAGGUUGGACAAGAGGAGGUCGCGCAGUGCAAAUGAUCUCAAGCAAGCCGCGGUAGCCGAGCAACCAUUGCGGGAUCGCACAGGCGAGAUCGAGUAUUGGCGCCGGAGCUAUGCCAGCGUCCUUCUCAGUCCGACCGGGAAAGCCCCCGUCUACGAGUACCCAUCCGCCGAUGCCGAAUUCGAUGCACCAGAUGUACUCGAUGUCCCUGAUGUGCCCGAAGUUCCUGAACACUUCGUUAGGGAACCCGACUUUGUCUCGGCGCCAACUCCUCUGUCAGCACAUCCACCUCUGCCGCGCUCUGAUGCUGUCUCGCUUCCUUCAACGCGCGGCCAAUCUGUCCCUGCCAAAAACACGUCUCUCCGCUCCUUCAGCCGUCCACUAACUACACCUGCGACCGAGACCCCUGCUGAUCUGGAAUCUCGUGUUGCCAAACUCGAGGCGCACCUUGUUGGUUUCCAGCGCUCGCUGUCUAAUCUCGCUCUCUCUAGCCCUUCAGCUGUCGCUCCGACCGAGCCACCGGGCUCAUCGCAUCGCCAGCAAACUCCCAGUAUCUUUGUCGAGUCCCUGCAGACCCGAGCUCGAGGUUAUGAAGAUGCUGGCGACAUCAUGGAACGCGAAUGGGGCCCGAGCAGUCAUGGCAGCACAAAUGGCGAUCGGUCCAACCUUGCCCCUCCCACUCUUCGCAGUACCGCUGCCACGGCCAAUGGAACCUUCACUGCCCUCUACAACAUGCUCUCUGAAGAACGCUCCGCCCGCCGAACUCUCGAGAAUCAAGUCCGCAACCUUCAGCAUGAGGUUACCCGCUUGCAACUCUCGCGUGGUAGCUGGGGUAGCUACACGGCACAGGGCCUUCCACAAGGACAACGACCCCGCACACCUGCAGAGUCAGAUGGUGGCCGCAGCGCCUCGCGUCUGGAAGCAUAUAAUGCUCUCUCAUCACCGGCUACUGUCGUUCCACCUACCGCGUACUUGCGUGCUUUCGACAGGCCCGACGCUCGAAUUCAGAGUCGUUUUUCCGGCGACUCUGGUGAAGAUAGCGAAUACGGUUCUCGCCACCGUAGCGUUCUUGAUAGUGGGCGUAGGAGUAUUCCUCGCAGCUCGGUGCGCCAGACGCCGCCGCCAAACUAUGAACACAACCGUGUUGAGCCGCCAACUCCAUAUGAAUUGUACAGCACUCCUGCCGAAGAACGGGGUGCAUACCGGUUCAGCGAGGACGAGAUGUUUUGA